AUGGCGCAACAGCCACAAGGAGGUGCUCCGCAAGUGAACCCUGGUGCUCCGCCACCGAACUUCCACAUCGACGCCUUCGAUCGGAAGAAGAUUCGGUGGGCGCGAUGGGUGGAGAGGUUAGAGACAGCGUUCGUCAUCUACGGGAUCGGUGCGGAAGAAUUGCGUCGUAGAAAUUUGCUGCUGCAUUUGAUGGGUCCCGACACGUACGACAUUGCCUGUGAUAAAGUGGCUCCACGAAACCUGCGCAACAUGACGUACCAACAGAUUGUCGAUGUGCUCGAGGGACAUUUCAAUCCCCAACCCCUCGAAAUUAGCGAGAACUUUAGGUUCAAAUGCCGUCGGCAGGGGGACAAGAACGCUAGUUCCCCGGACGAGACAAUCGAUGAGUACCUUGUUGCUUUGCGAAGGAUAGCCGUAACCUGUAAUUUCGGGAACUACCUGGAGACCGCUUUGAGGAAUCAGCUUGUGUUUGGGAUGAAGCGGAACGACAUCCGGAGCCGCCUACUGGAGCGACGUGUGCUGACGCUGACGGAGGCGAGGGACAUUGCCGUCGGAAUGGAGUUGUCUCUCAAGGGAGGCGCCGAAAUCGAAGGAGCUCUCGCCAAACAGGAAGUACAUGUCCUACAACAACCACCAGGUAAGCCUAAGCAUAAGAAAGUGGGAGGAUCGAGUCACGCAGCAGGCAAGUCCGCGGGUGACCUACACUGCUAUCGCUGUGGCGAUAAAUCACACCUAGCGAUGAAAUGCCGGCACCAAAACACAGUGUGUUCUUUUUGUAAAAUAAAAGGACACCUUGAGCGUGUUUGUAUGAAGAAAUCUGCUGCGAACAAAGGGGAUAGCAGCCGGCAUGGUCCGAAGCCGGGUUCAGCGCGGACAAGUUACAUUGAACUUCGUGAAGACGCAGGAAGAUCUGAUGCUGCUUCUGGUGGGGAUAUUGUUGUUGGGGAGAUUUGUACAGUGGAAUCACGAUCGUUGGAAGGAAAAAUGUGGCUGCCGGUGAAGGUUUGCGGUGUCGAGAUGCGCUUCGAGGUCGAUACGGGAAGCCCGGUCAGCAUAAUCAACUUCCAGUGCUAUAACGAAUGCUUCCGUGGAAUGGUUCUACGAAAUAGUGACGUGAAUCUUGUCAGCUACUGCAACACCGACAUUCGCGUCAAGGGGGUGCUAGAUGCGGACGUGGAAUUCAACGGAUCAAAAUCGCGUCUGCCGCUGUACGUUGUUGACUCUGGGAAGCAUCCUCUAUUGGGCCGUGAGUGGUUGAUGGUUCUUGCGGUUGAUUGGAAUUCUGUGUUGCGGAACACAUCCACAGUCCACUCGAUCAACCCACCUGCGGCGUCUCCGUCUGUUGCAUUGAAUGAACUUUUUCAGACUUACGGAAAGGUUUUCGAAGAUUCGAUAGGUAAAAUUUCUUCUGUGCAGGCUCGUCUCACUUUGAAGCCGAAUGCGACUCCGGUUUUUCUGAAGGCGCGGAAGGUCCCUUUCAAUUUGCAAAAGGCAGUGGAGGAUGAACUGGACAAGUUGGUCUCCGAGGGCGUCCUAACCAAGGUAGACAACAGUAACUGGGCAACUCCUAUUGUUCCGGUUAGGAAAUCAGAGAACCGAGUCAGAAUAUGCGGGGAUUACAAACAGACGGUGAAUCCCAACCUGAAGGUCGAUCGACAUCCUCUACUUACUGUUGACGAGCUGUUUGUGUCUCUUGCCGGUGGCGAAAAGUUUUCUAAGAUCGACCUUGUUCAAGCGUAUCUCCAGUUGGAAGUUGCCCCGGAAGACCGAGAGAUUCUAACAUUGAAUACGCACCGAGGACUAUAUCGUCCAAAUCGUCUCAUGUACGGUAUUUCGUCCGCUCCCGCAAUAUGGCAACGCCAGAUCGAGAUCAUCCUCCAAGGAAUCGAAGGUGUUACCGUAUUCUUAGACGAUAUUAAGGUCACAGGGCCGACCGAUGCGAUUCAUCUGGCUCGCUUGGAAGAAGUGCUGCGUAGGUUGGACCACUACAAUAUCCGGGUGAAUAAGCAGAAGUGCGAGUUUUUCGUCGACCGUAUCGAAUACUGCGGAUAUCUCCUCGAUCGAGAGGGGGUUCACAAGAUGCCGAAGAAGAUGGAUGCAAUCCAGGAGAUGCCGCGACCCCGGAAUAAGGACGAAGUGCGAUCAUUCUUAGGUUUCGUCAAUUACUACGGCCGCUUUUUCGACAAUUUGAGUAGCACGCUGUAUCCGUUGAACAACUUGUUGAAGGAUGCGGUUGACUACAAGUGGACGAAAGAAUGUGAACGUUCCUUCAGCGCUGUCAAGCAGCAGAUGCAGUCGGAGAGGUGUUUGGUGCAUUACUCGCCGGAGUUGCCGUUAGUCCUGGCUACGGACGCUUCACCGUACGGCGUGGGAGCCGUGUUGAGCCACGUCUACCCGGAUGGUUCUGAACGGCCAAUACAGUUUGCAUCUCAGACACUGAAUCAGACACAACAAAAGUAUAUGCAGGUCGACAAAGAGGCUUACGCCAUCAUCUUCGGUGUCAAAAAGUUCUUCCAGUACUUAUACGGGCGAAGAUUCAUCCUGGUGACGGAUAACCAUGCGAUUACGAAGAUUUUCAAUGAACACAAAGGGUUGCCAGUGAUGUCUGCAUUGAGGAUGCAACAUUACGCUACGUUCCUGCAGUCCUUUGACUACGAAGUUCGGUUCCGGAAGUCCGUCGAUCAUGCGAAUGCCGAUGCAAUGUCCCGAUGUCCACUCAAGCAAUCCGUUCCGGAAAACGUCGUGGAAGAAUCGGACGUGGUGGAAAUGAACCAGAUUGACGCUCUACCGUUAACUGCAGAUGAGUUGUCGCAGGCAACAUCGGAAGACCGAAUCGUGCGAAACCUGAUGCAGGGGCUGCGGCACGGACAAGCUGUCGAGGGAAAAGAUCGUUUUGGAAUAGAUCAGUCGGAGUUUUCGAUUCAGAACGGAUGUUUGCUGCGAGGAAUACGUGUGUACGUUCCAAGUUCGCUUCGAGAACGGGUACUGAAGGAGCUUCACUCGACUCACUUUGGCGUUACGCGUACAAAAUCACUAGCAAGAGGAUUCUGUUGGUGGAUGGGAAUUGAUCACGACAUCGAGUCCAUGAUUUCAAACUGCGCGGAUUGCCAAGCUGUACGUCCUGAACCAGCGAAAGUUCUGCCACAUCCAUGGGAGCCAGCGACCGUACCUUUCCAGAGAGUUCACGCGGAUUUCGCGGGCCCGUUCCUUGGCUCCUAUUUCUUCAUAGUCGUCGACGCCUACACGAAGUGGCCUGAAAUCCAAGUCUGCAAUUCAAUCACAGCCGAAAGUACAGAACGAAUGUGCCGGGAGAUCUUCAGCCGCUUUGGAAUCCCUACGGUGUUUGUGAGUGACCACGGAACACAGUUCACGGCGGAUUCGUUCCAGAGAUUCUUGAAGCAGAACGGAAUAACACAUAAGAUGGGUGCCCCCUACCACCCGUCGACAAAUGGACAAGCUGAACGUUAUGUUCAGACUUUUAAACAGAAGCUCAAGGCUCUUCGUUGUUCGAAGUCACAACUGGAUGUAGAACUUGCCAAUAUCCUGAUGACCUAUCGGAAGAUGAUCCAUCCGUCAACCGGACAAUCCCCAUCCAUGAUGAUGUUCGGAAGACAGAUCAAAUCCCGCCUGGACCUGAUGCUACCGAAGAAUCCGGGAAGAAGACCAACAAUCCCCGUUGCCCGUUCGUUUUCCGACGGGGACAGAGUACGAGUUCGCGAUUUUCUUUCGGGAAAUAAGUGGCAAUUCGGCACAGUUGUGACGAAAGUGGGCAAACUCCGAUACUCCAUACGACUUGAUGACGGUAGGCUUUGGGAGAGACACGUCGAUCACAUGGCCAGCGUGGGACCGAAUCUCAAGCCAUUCAAAGAAAGUGUACCACGAGCGAUGGCCGAGGAUAACUACGAGCUUAUUGACCCUGUUCCACCUGCUACUGCUGCUUCUCGUGGUGGAGGUGAAGGAUGUACGACGGUAGCUGCAGAUGAUCAAUUCGAUCCUGGCGCACUAUCACCAAGGCAACGAGCAACUGCACCUGUUCAACCCGUGGCGAACGGUGAGCAACGACCACAUGCCGUGGUAUCCGAUGGCAAUGGGCAGCAACGCAACGAAGGACCGUUGAGACGAUCCACAAGAGUAGUAAAACCCCCUCAAAGAUUGAAUCUUUAA